AUGGCAGAGCUACCAAGGCAACCUGUGGGCACCUGGAUUGGUAUCCUUCGCUCAUUCCCAACCUACAGCAGAAGAAUCAGCGUAUUGCCCUGGAGAAUGCCGCUCGCUCUAGUCACCGCGGACGACAUCGUGAGGCAGACGAGAUUUCCAAUCGCAGCUGCCUCCAAACCAUACGAAACAGAGCCGAUCAAAUUAUUGAAACUGGCCCUUGAGAGUCUUGCUCCUCAGGACAGGACUCUCAAUUCUGUGCGCGUAUUGCUGAAAGUUAUGCUGGCCGACGCCGAAUUUUGGCCUUUCGGUAAGAAGGACGCUUUACAGCAAUACAUAUUUGUCACUGCCAAAGCUUUAGCCGCAUGGGGAACGAACUUGAUUCGACUCAUGCUCUGA